AUGAAAGAGAGAGAAAUUGGGAACCCCUGGUUCCCCACCGACAGUCCCUCCGCCUUGAUUCCUCCUCCGACCACCGCUGGUUGUCCCCUCAUCCCCCCACCUGACCCUCCUCCUGACCCUCCCCCAGCCUUCGUAAACCAUUUCCCUUCCCUCCAGCAAUCUAUUGCAUCCCCUCCACUGUCCAAGAAGCAAAUUUCCCGUGGCCUCGGGACUGCUACUGUAGUGUUGGCGGGAUGCAAACCCCCUUUUAACUCUGUUCCAGAUCUUCCCCUGGCUCAGUCCCCCUCUUCUACUACAGAUUGUGCUCCUAGAGUGGAAUCUGACCUAGCUCUUACUGCCUCCUCAAGCGUCCCUUUUGACCAAUUUAAGGGGUUUACUAUUCUCCCACCGAAAAAAAAUUCUCACUCCUCACCAGUUGUAAACUCUGCCUCAAACAACCCCUUCCCCCGUCCUCCUCCUAAUCCUCAGCCGACUAAUUCCUCCACUACUUCCAACCAAAAUACUACCUCCCAACCUCAACCUCCAUCCCAAAACUCACCCCCUCCCCCCCAACCCCAGCCACAAUCCCAAAAUACUACUCAUCAUUCUUAUGCUCAGAAAGCUAAAUCAGGUACAAUCGACCCCUCCCCUCCUCUCCCCUCCCCUCCUCCCUUCACCCUCCACUGCCCUCCUUUUAUCUUCUACUGCUGA